UUGUAUAUUAAAAAAAGGCUUCCGCUCUUCAAAAGCUCUCUCUCAGUCCAUCGGGGAAAAUCUGGGGACACCUAACCACCUUUGCAUGCGCUCUCAUCUCAUCAACCAGAUCGUCUCCUUCUCGUUCCUUCUACGCUGUUUGUCUCUUUAUCUGUUCCUCUUUACUUGUUAACUACAAGUCCUUCCCUCCCUGAUCUCUACUAUCAAUAGCAAACAACCUCUCAUUUCUAUUUGUGAUAUUCUUGCGCAUAUAUAUAAUAUUUUCUAUUAAGAAUUACUAGCCAGUGUAAAUGACGAUGUCUGCUUUGUGGAAGUAAUGCACCAAGUGCUCAGCAUACUCUUGCGUCCCUAAAGGUUCUCCAAAAAACAAAAAAUGAUCCAUUGUAGAACAUUUUCAUGUUUGGAAUGGCAGAACCACAAUACACAGUGGCAUCUGACAGUGAAACCACCGGGGAGGAGAAAUCUUCAUCAGCUUUUCCAGAAACUGCCAUUGGAAUUGACAUUGGGACUUCACAGUGCAGUGUUGCAGUCUGGAAUGGCUCCCAGGUAGAGCUCCUAAAGAACACCAGAAACCAAAAGUUGAUGCGAUCAUAUGUUACCUUCAAGGAUGAAGUCCCUUCAGGUGGAGUGAGCAAUCAGCUCUCUCACGAAUAUGAAAUACUAUCUGGAGCUGCAAUUUUCAAUAUGAAACGCUUAAUUGGCAGAGUGGAUACUGAUCCUGUGGUUCAUGCAAGCAAAAGGCUUCCAUUUUUGGUGCAAACUUUGGAUAUUGGUGUUCGCCCAUUUAUUGCAGCUUUAGUGAGCAAUGCUUGGAGAUCCACCACUCCUGAAGAAGUCCUUGCAAUAUUUCUGGUCGAACUAAGAGCCAUGGCUGAAGUCCAGUUGAAGAGGCCCAUAAGAAAUGUCGUUCUAACCAUUCCAGUGUCAUUUAGUAGGUUCCAGUUGACACGGAUUGAGCGUGCUUGUGCCAUGGCUGGCCUCCAUGUCCUCAGGUUGAUGCCCGAGCCGACUGCUGUGGCAUUGUUAUAUGCACAGCAGCAGACUGUACAUGAGAAUAUGGGCAGUGGAAGUGAGAAGAAUGCCCUUAUAUUUAACAUGGGGGCUGGGUACUGUGAUGUAGCUGUUACUACCACUGCUGGAGGAGUUUCACAGAUUAAGGCCUUAGCAGGAGCUGCCAUUGGAGGAGAAGACAUACUGCAAAACAUGAUGCAGCAUCUCUUACCAAAUUCAGAGAACCUUUUCCUCAGCCAUGGAAUCAACGAGAUCAAAUCAUUGGGGUUGCUUCGAGUAGCAACUGAAGAUGCAAUCCAUAGGCUCUCUUCACAGAGCAAUGUUCAGGUGGAUGUUGAUUUGAGAAAUGGAUCCAAAAUAUGUAAGGUGAUCACUAGGGAGGAAUUUGAGGAAGUGAACCUGAAGGUGUUUGAGAAGUGCGAAAGCCUCUUAACACAGUGCUUGCGUGACUCAAAGGUAGACAUGGAGGAUUUGACUGAUGUAAUACUUGUAGGCGGGUGUUCAUAUAUCCCAAAUAUAAGGAAUGUUGUCAAGGGUGUAUGCCAGAAGGAGGAACUGUACAAAGUGAUAAAUCCAUUGGAAGCUGCAGUAUGUGGGGCAGCGCUAGAGGGAGCAGUUGCAUCAGGAAUCAGUGACCCUUUUGGAAGUUUGGAUCUGUUAACAAUCCAAGCUAUCCCCCUUGGCGUUGGCAUUAGAGCAGAUGGAAACAGCUUUGUCCCAAUCAUACCUAGAAAUACGACAAUGCCAGCAAGGAAAGAGUUAAUAUUCACAACCACCCAUGAUAAUCAAACCGAGGCUCUAAUCCUCGUCUAUGAAGGUGAGGGGACAAAGGUGGAAGAGAAUCAUCUUCUGGGCUAUUUCAAGAUCAUGGGAAUUCCGGCAGCACCCAAGGGAAUUCCAGAGAUAAAUGUGUGCAUGGACAUCGAUGCCUCCAAUGCACUAAGAGUUUUUGCUGGAGUGGUGAUGCCUGGGACGGAUCAGCCAAUGGCACCGUUUAUGGAAGUCAGGAUGCCUACAGUUGAUGAUGGGCAUGGCUGGUGUGCUGAGGCCCUGAACAGGACUUAUGGUUCGACUCUUGAUCUAGUUACCGCGCAGAAGAAGAUGUAAAGUCGAGGGUGACUCCAGUUGGAGUCAGUCGGAAAGAGAAGUUCUUACGGAAACGUGACUUGCUGCAAGGAAAUAAUACAUGUAAUUGUAUAGUGACUUUAAUUUAAUAUUAUUUUCAUGCGCAA